GCUCCAAUUAGGAAAGAACUGGGCGCAGAUGCAGAACGGUGUGAGCGUUCCUAGCCUCGUGAAGGAGUUUUUCCGGCCGCUGAGCGGGUUGCUGGACUACAUCUUCGCCGCGGGGGUUGCGUAUGGCGCUGUUCGUCUUGGGGGGCUGUGUCGAAGCUGCUUGGGCGGCUUUCGAGUCUACUGUCUGCCCUUCGGCAGAUGCGAUGGGUCAGAUUUGAAGAAGCGCUUUGGGGAAUGGGCAGUAAUUGUCGGAGCUACUUCCGAGAUCGGACAGGCCUAUGCUGAAGAGCUGGCCGUGAUGGAACAUGAACGUGGGUGCUGCGAAUCAGUAAUGCUUAUGACGACCUUGUUCUUUUGGUGGCAAAGAUACAGUCAGAAUACAGUGUUCAGGCAUAUGGUAUCCAUGCCGACUUCAUGCUGGGUCGCCACGUGUACCAGGAGAUUUAUGACGCUCUGCAAGAACUUGAGAUAGGCAUAUUAGUGAACGUUGCAGCUGUACACUACGACCAUCCUCAGUACUUUGUUCUAAUCCCUCUACUGAGAUUGCUUCAGAUCUUGGACGAAAACGUUUCUGCUGCAACUGUGAUGACUUACCAGCUCCUGCCCCAGAUGUUGGAGAGGCAGCGUGGUGCCGUUAUUAACGUCUGUUCCCAGAUCUCUUGUCUCCCUCCCACCCCACUUCUCUCUGCUUAUACUGCCUCUAUGGUUUACUUGAGAAGUCUGUCAGAAUGUUUGCAACUUGAGAGUAGGAGAAGAGGAGUUAUAGUCCAGACUCUUCUCCCUGGGUUUGUGGCAAGCUCCACGUGCCGUCCGACAUUCUUCACUCCGUCUCCCACUACCUACGUCAGACACGCUCUGGCUACUCUCGGAGUGGCCUCCAUCACCUGUGGCUACUGGCCACAUUCCAUACAGAGCUGGCUGACUAGCUGUCUCCCCCAAUGGCUGUGGGUAUGGGUUGUCUCUCUCCUCUUCCGUCGUCAUCGACUGCAGAGCAUCACUUUGGCAAAGGAACAAGGAAUGGAGCAAUUCACUCGUCGGAGGAAAACGAGCAUGCCCAGUGGACCACUGGCCCUGCCUACCAGCCGCCGCCCGGCAACCACGACAGCCCCGCCCGCCGCUCUCCGUCGCGUCUCUGGGAACCUCGGCGUCACCCUCCGUCGCUCCCCCUCCCCCCAGAGGAAAAUCUCGGGGGGGACCCCGACUAAUUUCCAGGGGGGCACCCCCCUUCGUCCCAUGGAUUCAUUGUUCCAUCGGACAGGAGCUAAUGUUCCAUCACCAAUUCCCGAAUCUCCAUUGUCCCCUCGGUUUUUCUUCCAGGAGGGCUCAAACGAUAUUUCCCCCAGCACCAGCACACCGCUGGGGCCCAAUAUUGGACCCCCCAAACCCUCGUUGUCGGCGGCAACCAGACCAGAGACGGUUCAACUGAGACCACGCCCAUCAAUUGUAUAUUCGAAAGUGACGGUCAUGCCCAGCCUUGUGCGUUACUCCCAGCAGGCAGAGGACGAGCCACUGUCCCUCCCAACCAGCAAUGGUGGACCUCAGAAUAUGACCGACAAACAAACCGACUCCCAGGAAGAACAAGAUGAUGUUGAAAGAGAAGAAGACGAUGAGGAAAAUGAAGAAAAAGACGUGACUGCUGAUGAUACUUCAACCAACAAAACCAGCUGACUUCAAUUAGAUCAAUCACAGUCUGCUGUGCCCCGAUAUCACAUGUGGCAGUUUGUGCCUAACAAAACUCUGAUUUUACUAUUACAUGAACUUCUGUUUCAGUCCAGUCGAACUAUUAUAGUCAGUAGCCGAUUUCUCCCAAAUUGAUAUAUAAUUAUUAUGGCUGUAAUUAUUCUUGUGCAUUCAUUUAUGUACUGUAAACUGUGCCUGCAUUUGUAAUGAUGGAAUUGAAAUGGAUCAUCAUAUUAAUAUUGUUAUAAAUGUUCGAUGAUGUUGUAUAUAAUGAUAUUAU